UCAGCCGCUGCAAAGCGAGCAGCAAGUAGGAGAGCUGGUGCAACGGCGCAGCGUGCAUUACCAGCUUCAAUAGCUAUUUCUCCCCUUGGCAGUAGCAAAAAGACGAAUCUCCUUCCUGCGGCAGGCAGUUGCAGCAGCACAAUGUCAGCCCAUCUUGGUCGUGUCUUGGGUGUGCAGUCACAUGUCGUGCAGGGGCAUGUGGGGGCAGAUGCAUUCACCUUCCCGUUGCAGGCUUUGGGACUAGACGUAGGGUGUAUAUACACUUGUCAGUUUGUCGAUCUGUUCGUUCAUGAGGGAUCGCAACUCGAGCGGCAGCAGCUCUCCACCAUCCUCAAGCACUUGAACGCCUCCUCCUUCCUGCCUCCCGCUGCCAACAGCGGAGAAGACACGGAGAGGGCCUACGAGCCACCCUUCAGGUACAUUGUCUCCGGGUUCGUGGGGAAAGCAGAUUUGCUAGACGUCACUGCGGACUGGCUAAGCCUCCUCAGAGCGGCGCUAGGCCCCCGCAAGGCCCCCCUCUACGUUUGCGAUCCCGUGAUGGGGGACUGCGGGAAGCUGUACGUACACCCCGGGUGUAUAGACAGCUACAUGCGCAAACUGCUGCCCUUGGCAGACGUUAUUACCCCCAACCAAUACGAAGCGGGCUGGCUGCUGGGUUCCUUGCAGCAACAGAAACAGCAACAGCAGCAAGAUCCACAACAGCAGAAGGAAGCAGGCUGGCGCGAGUGUAGUUGCCCAUCCCUCCCCAUUGAAAACUGGGGUGCUCUCGUCACCGCCAUCGACGCGCUGCAUGCGGCAGGCCCCGAAGUGGUGAUCAUCACAUCCGUCGAGUUUUCUGCUCCUGCGGCAGCGCAAGCCCUCAACAUCCUUGCUGCCGCGGAAAAGCAGAUCCAACAGCCGAAUCAGCAACAGGGGGAGCACUUGUUUGUUGUUGCAUCCCGUCAGCAGCGGCCAGAGCAGCGCUGUGCCCCCCCCGAAGGCAGCAGUACUGCUGCAGAGGGCUUAAAGGACGACGAAACACCGAAAGAACGCAGGGAAGUCCUCUACGCUCUAGCGAUUCCAAAAGCAAAAGGCUACAUCGGGGGGGCUGGUGAUCUUUUCACUGCUCUCUUCACGGGGUUCUUCGUGAAGGAGCAGUUCCACCUUGGUCGGGCGCUCCAAAAGACUGUUGCUGCAGUGCAGGCUGUCAUUGCAGAUACAACUUCUAGGUCGCCACGUCCUCAGACGGUUGAUGCGGUGACGGCUCAGGCCUUCCUCUUAAAUCCCCCCGCAUGCUGCAUUCGCAAGCCUAUCCUGCUGCCACGUAUUCAGAAGCAGCAGGAGAUGCAGGAGCAGUUCGUGGAAACGCCUCUUCACGAGGCACUUCCUGCACCCCCUGCUGCUGCAGGGGGUGCUGAUGUGGGAGCGGCAACCUUCGGCCGAGCUACGCAGCAGCAACAUCCGGGGAUUAAAGUAAUUCAGCAAGCCCCUCAAGAAGUCUCUGUAGAGGAGGAACGCGAAACUGCCGUUUCAGUUCUUAGCGACGAUGCAGACGUCGGACCACUUUUCACAGACGCAACACCGCAUGGAGCGCAGUGGAAGAGACGAUCCUGGAUCCUCGGACCUUGUUGUUCGGCUUGUGCUCGCGUGACGCCUCCCAGAUGCAGCCGGUGUACAGCCACCUGCUCUCCAGCUCCAGCGUAUCCUUAUCCAUGGCUAGCUGGUUUCCUGUAG